GCCAUGGUCUGGGCUGACAGAGGAGGGGUGGGGGUGGGGAGCAGACACCUCAGGUGGCCAGUGCACAGGGGAGGAGGGUGGGCGGGGUGGACCCUAGGGUGUGGUGGUCCCAGGUGCCUCAAGCCCCAGGUGCACACUCACAGCACUGAGCAUCUCUCAGGCAGGCCACCCAGACUCAGUUCCAGGGUGACUUCCUGGGGAGAGCUGAUGUGGGGACACAUUUCUCUUACCCCUGGGCAGCCUGGCCCUUCUCAGGACAGCAACCCCCCAACCGCUGUGGGGGGGCUGCUACACACCCAGGAAAGAGGACCUCUGACAGGCCUGGAGCCCCCCACUGGCAGUGAGGGCCCCUACCUGGCCGUGGACUCCCUGUGCUCAUGGUCACAGCCCCUGCUGGGUGUCUGCCUGCAGCAUGGUUGUCCCCUCCCUUCCCUUCUCUGUGCCCUGGGCUGCACCUCAGCAGGGUGAGGAGGACACAGGUCCUGUCCCAGCCUUGCUGGGGAAGUGGACCAUGCGUGGUUCAGUGCUCAUUCUCAUGGUAUUGUCUCUCUUGCCUUUAAGUAAACAGAAGCCUCCCAGGCAUGGAUGCCUGGCAGUGCAAUGGGUAAACUGACCUUGGCCAUGGACUCUUCAUCUAGGAAGCAAAACUUGCAGGCCUGUGGGUAUGGGCAGUGGUUAGGAGGAGUGCCAUAUGGUCCUCCAGGGACAGAAAUCCCCUGGAGAUCUGUUGAGGCCCACCUGCCCCAAGCAGGCCUGCAGCUCUGGGGUCUCUAUCUGCAGGCCACCAUGACCCACUUGCCUGGAUGAGAAGUGACGGGCUUGAGGAUGGCUUGUCCUGUGGGCAGAGCCCAAGCCCCUGAGGCUCCCCUUGUUGGAAGGCCUGGGUACCAUGGUUUGCCCGUUUUCUGACUCCUCCCAGCUGAGUAGUCCACAGGGUUCCAGAGCUGCACCCAGUGGCCACUCUCAGAGGACAUUGCUGGGCUCAUGCCAUCCUGUCUCCUUUCCCAGCAUAAACAUCAGAAGGGCCUUGGCUGCAAAAAUGGAUCAAGGUGCUGUGAAAUUUCAUCAAGUACUGUAGCAACAAGAAGGUGCCAUGGACCUGAGGGCCCCUGGGGACCACUGGGAGCAGAGUUGGGAUGGACAGUGCCAAUCACUGUGGGUCUCAGAUGCAACUGUCCUGCCAUGAAAGGACACAGGUCAUCUCAGCCCCCAUGCCGGUACACCUAUGGCAGUAGAAGAUCCAAAGUCUCCACUGGGGCCAAUCCCAGAUGCAGGGCAGGCACAGUUCCUGGUGCCCUGUAGGGGGCAGUGUAUGCACAGCAGAGCCUGCACUGAGCCUUUGGCCCUCCUCUCACUGUUGUGUCAGGAGGCCCAGGUCUAGGCAGAUCUCUGGGGACACAAUACAGAGCCCAGGGCUUCCCCUUCCUGCUGUCUCACCCUGCACUCCCCCACCCCACAGAGGGCCUGGGGAAGGUGUCACCAGAGCCGCCUCUAGUUCCACUGGAGAAUUUACAAAGGGAUUCCUGCCCAGGUGCUGGGAAGGUGUGGGCCCUGAUCGUAGAUGUGGAUAAGAGGAGGGCCCAGAACCCAGGCAAAUUCGAGGUAUGACUCUGCGUGCAGCCCGAGGCAGCCCAACCUGCUCAGGUCUGGUAAGGGGCCUGAGGCUCCUUUGUGGUGGACAAGUAAAACCCAGGAGGAGUGGUCAUUUGAUUGGGGCCCCACCCAGCCCUCCCCUCUGCAUCCUCCUCCAGGGUGUCAUUUUAGUCUCCCCACACCCACCUGGGCCUGGACACCUGGACAUUUGGUCAGGGCCACAGCCCUUAUCCCUGUGGGCCCACCUGGCUGCUUGGCCCAGAACUGCCCAGUGCCAUUGUGCUGGCUCCUGGAUGGACAGAGACGGCCUGGAAUGAGGUGGAAGUCCUGUGUGCUAGGGCCCUCAGCUGGCUCUGUCCUAAAUGGACCUCCCCACACCUGACCCUGCUUGUGCGUUUCUUAUGCUCGCCUGGCCCUGCCCUCACCUAGGCCUUCUCAUACCUGGCCUGGCCUCAUCUCACCCAGCCCCCACCUGGCCUGCUGGUUCCAUUGGUCAGUCAGCUCUCCUGCUUCUGGGAAUGAAGGCUGAUCCAACUGUCCCAGUUGCUGGCUGCCAUCCUCCCUGGCUGACAUCAGGGAGCAAGAACCAACUGAGCGGCCAGCCCUGCCCUCCCCCAAGUUUUCAAGUGGAGGCUGCCCCUGCAGGCAGCUCCAAUCCAAGAAGGAUAUCCAUUGUCUUGAUGGAACUGGGCCUCUCCUGCAGGGGCAGAAAAGAAGGCUGGUCAGGACUGACACCUGUUCUGUGGGGCCUGAGAAGCCAGUGAGGUGGAGCUGAGGCCUGAUUGGGCCCCUCCUUCUGUGGGCAGGCAGGGGCAGUGCAAAAGGACAUUGGCAGAGCCCCUGGCCUCAGGCUGACUGUAGUGGGCCCUCAGUGGCCUCCUCUGCUGGGCAUUGGGGGUGGCAUGAGCACUAAGGUGAGUGGGGAACCCAUGACCCUUCCUGGAUCAGGGGAACAAGCUUCCUUGAGGGGAACUCUCCCUGCCGACCAGAAGAACUAAUGUGGCUUUGGGGUGCUUGUGUGGCAGUGAGGGUUUUGCUUGUCCUGAGGCUGGUCCCUCCCCCUCAGCCCUGCCUUGCAGGAGAUAAAGGAACAGGCCAGGUUUUGCUCAUAUCAAGUCCAACAGAGAUACAUACCAAGUUCCAAGAGAGAUACAGAGCCAAGUGAGGCCUCUGGGCUGGAGGGGUCACUGGGAUGGAAGUGCAAGGGUCCUGGGGACAUGGGGUCCUAGGAGAGACUUGGGCUCAAACCUAAAGCAUAAUUCUUCUAGGGCAGAAAAAAAUGGAUCCAUGGUCUUUUAUUUAAAUUGAAUAGUUGCUUUCCCAAGGGCACUGUGGAGUGAAUGAAAUGAAUAGAAACACAAGGGGAGACAGUAUUCGCAAAAUACAUAAAAUGAAGAUUGUAAAUCUUAAUAACAAGAAAGCAAAUGUAGGCUUCCCAUUCCCAACAUGGGCCAAGGUUCAGGAGGGACCCUAAUGAGGGCACACACAACUCACCUCCUCAAUGCAUGAACACAGGCUUAGUACCUAAACCACAAUGGGGCUCCAGCUCACAGCUGUGAUAAUGGGGGACAUAAAACCACUGUGAAUGCCUGGUGCUGGGGAGAACAUGAGGCGAGCACCACACUGGUCAUUGCCAGGAACAGAGCACAGCGGCCCAGGCCCUCAGCAACACCCAGGGCCAUUUCUCACAAUGAUAAACACACUUUCCACACGAACCCACAGCAUACAUGCACAUUUACACAACCACUAGAACAGCUGAGUGCACAGAAAACACACAUGUAAGAUUCAGGGUUGUGUUCGCAGUCACUGGAUGCAGGAAUAGCCUACACGAUGCUCAGUGGGAAGACAGAUAAGGAACCAGUGUUACAGCUGAAUCCUAGAAUAGGAUUCGGUGAGAGGCAGGACAGGAUUUGGGCCCUGAGCUGACCUGGAUGCAUCUCAGGUGCAUCCUGCUAAGAGGGGAAGCGUCCCUCAAAGGCUACACAUGCUGUGAACCACUCACAGGACAUCUACAAGAAGCCAAACCCUGGGACACAGAACAGAGCAGUGGUGGCCACGGGCUGGGGGAGUGUGGACAGCUGGCCACUGAGGGCUCGUGGGGAACACAUAGGCAAGAGGAGCUGCUCCCUAUGAGGCUGAACUGGUGCAUGGGAGGCUGACUCCACAGGUUGAGACCCAUGGGACUGCACCUCCCACAGUGGGAUGCUCACUUGUGCAAUCUGAACACCCACCUGGGGAAAUGUAACUGCCUGGACUGCACCCUGAGAGGGGUGCAAGUCACUGCAGGCAGUGCUUCCCUGCACAGUGGACAACACGCCGGUGCCCUGAUGACAUCACUGCUUAUGAGCAGAGUGUCAUGGGCCUGUGUGUGGCUGUCAGGCUGUUAGGCACUGAGAGCCUCGGCAGCACAGGAUGCACAGCCUCUGUCCUCUCUCUUCCAGACAAUGCUCUUUAUUUGAGGUGUUCAUGGCAUAUUCAAUGUACAACCCUGUGAGUAUUCUGGGAUAAUGUUCCAAGGUCAUAUGCAGAGCAUUCCAUGCAGGGCACCCCUAGUCACAGAGAUCCCCAGACAGGGUUGAGGGGGCCUCUUUAAUCCACAAGUCAGAGACAGAGAUGUAGAAGCCAGGCUCAUGGCCUCCUUGGACCAAACCUCAAGUUCUGGGAGCACAACAGAAGCCUCCUGGGCUGGUCUUUGUUCUGGCCCAGGCAGGCCUUACUAUGGUGCUUCUUCCUCAUGUGUGCAGUGGGGCCCAGCAGAGAGCUCCAGAGGCCAUCACAGGUGUGGAGUUUGAAUUCCCACAACAGCCAACCCCUUUCUGACAUCUGGGGUGGGGCUCAUACCUCUUCUUAACCUUGUACAGCCUCAGCUCAGACAUUGCAGUAUUCUCUCUGGGAACUUUGAGAGCUGCUAUGUUCUCCAGUUCUUGAGAUCCUGACACCCAAGAGGCAGCAGUGGGGCAUGGUGGUAACCCUCAGCCCUCCUAGGAGAGGUCACCCAUGCCACAUAAGAUUAUCCCAGCCAGGGAUAAUCUCUCUGAUGUGUUUUGUGUUCCUAUAGGACUUGGACUACAGCCAGGGCCUAAGCCACGUGGUGGCCCUGCUGCUGAUGUGGCUGAGUGAAGAGGAUACUUUUUGGGCCCUGGUCCAGCUCAUGGAGGACAGCCAGCACACGAUGCAAGUUGGGUGGAUGGCUGUGGUGGGUGUGGUCCAUGCAAGUCCAUGGAUGGGCAUGCAGACAAGUGGGACACUGUCCCUUUCUGGCUGCUGUGUGUGUAGGGCAGUCUCCCUUAGGAUGGUUCCUUAGAAGCCAGGGCCAGCAGAGGGCCCAGUACCAAGCCAUACCCCUCACUUCCCAUCACACAAAGGUCCUGUGCCUUGUCUUUGACAAAUAACCCUUAGGUCCCUACUGGCCCUUCACAUCUCUCUACCCAGACUCCCAUCCACUGAGCCACACCCAGGAAACAUGCAGAAGGCAGCAUCCACUGUAGGGUGACCCCCUCCUCACCCUGAGUGUCCAAAUGGAUCUGAGGCACCCAGUGUGAGUGCAACCUGCCCUGGGCUGUCAGCUGUACCCCCCUUCCCCUGAUGCUCCCCUGCACAUUAGAGCCUCCCCUGACCCUCCGUGCUCAGAAAGACCCCGCCUCAAGCCAUUGGCUUUCCAGCCUUCUUGGGAAGACACUCUGAAGUGGGGGGGGCUGAUAUUACUCAGAUUUCUACAAACUGGGCUCCCCAAAACUGGAGCAAUUCCAGCAACACCUGGGAUAUAUCACGCAUCACGUGCUCCCCUUCCUGGAGAAACACCUGGUAAGUAAAGCAUCUCCUUUCUCCUCUUGAGGGCUCUGUGCUCAUGGAGGGGAGGACAGAAAGGGGUCCUGACUCCUUCCUGGGCCUGGGGAGGCCACAUCCUCACCAAGGCUUUCCCUGGUUACUGGGGUCCACAGUAACUUGAGUAUUGGUUUGUUUUCCAGCACUUGGUCCCCAGAGUUUGUGUAGAUUUAAGGGGAUGCUGUCCCCAGGGAAGAUUGGGUUAGGGGACCUGUGUCCCUUCAGAAACCUGCAUGGCUGGGAGAGGGGAUGCACUUGCUCCUGGGCUUCCUGCACCCAGGGGCUCUGCCACAGGGCUCAGAUUAGAGGGAGUCAGGCCUGGGCCCUGGGCCCUGAGCCCUCUCUGCCUCUUCCUUAGGAGAAGGAGGGUGUGUGCCUCUGGGAAACCAUUACACACUGGUUUUUCCAGUGUUUUCUGGAUGGGGUAAGUGCCCUGGUAACCCCUUGCCCAGGGAAGCUCCUGCCCCAGUGCCUGGCUCUCCUGUCGUGGUGGCCUCUGACUCUGAGCUCCCCCAGCCCCAGCAGACACAGGAGGGAGCCUGCUGCGCAGACAAGGCAGACUCUGUCCUGUGGAGGGUAGUUCAAUCUGAGGCUGAGCCUCAGGGCCAGCAAGGAGGGGACAGGUCCCACCAGGACCCAUCCCGAGAGCCUGGCAAAGGUCAGAGCCCUACAAUGAGAAGUAGGAGAUCCAUAAGGGCCUGGGUGGCACAGGCUGGUGUCAGCACAGCCCAAGGACUGAAUCCUCCCCCAGGUCCCUGGGGUGUCUGGCAUCUCCAAUGUGGCUUCCAAAGUGUACAGAGCAGUUUGGGUGUCCCCAGAGUCCUGGACAGACCUUGGUGCUCUUUCUUUCUGGGCUUCUAGGCCACAGUUAGGAUGCCCUAUGACACCUCACACCCACCCACUGUGAGCCCUGCUGAGGCCCUGAUGGGUGGGGUCCUCCAACACCUGCUCUCCCACAGGCACCAUUCCCCCUGGCACUUAGGAUGUGGGACAUCUAUAUCCUUGAGGGUGAGCACGUGCUCACCACCAUGGCAUACAUGGCCCUCAAAAUCCAUUGAAGUAAGUCCUCAGGGCCUACAGAGGCCAGGGUGCUGGGGAUGAAGGAGCUGCCUGGCCAUGGUGAGAUGGGCUUAGGGGAGGGAUGAGGAAGUUUCUGAGUCCUGAGUCCACUUGGGGAGGGCACUGAGAAUCCCCCUGUUGCAUCCCCCAACCCCAGAAACCCACAGUUCACAGGGAGAAGUGGCCAUGGUCAUCACCCAGGGAAAGUGGCCCCUGGUCAGUCCCCUCCUGUGCUUGGCUUGAUACCCAUGGUUGUCCAAGGGUGUCUACAGCCCAUGUCUGCUACAGGGACAGGAAUCGGAGCAGCCAUAGUGGCUGCACCAUCUCUAUGGCCCCUCCCAGCCUGACUCCCACCCCCAUGUCUAGAGCGCCUGUUGAAGAUGUCCAGGGACCACCUCCGGGAGUUCCUGCAGGUGACCCUGAAGCAGGUCUGGUCAUUGAUUGAUGAUGUGGUCAUCAGGCAGCUCCGGGCCUCCAUGCAUGAGCUGGGGAAGCUCCAGUGCCUCCUGCCUCCCAAAGCAAAGCCAAUGGAAGAUUGCAGCCCAGCUCUGCAGGUGCCGCCCGACUCCCUGGAGCACGCUCCUCUGCCAAUGUCACUCAAGCUCAAGACCAUCAUUGAGGAGAGCAAAGGGUGCCACCCUACUCCUUCAGCUCUGCAGGGGCCAGCUGGGGCUUCAGCUUCUGUCCCUGAGGAGACCAUUCCUCUAGGAUUUAAUGUCCAGGCCGACUCAAAGGAAGACACCAAGGAGGGGAAAGGGAGUCAUGGUGAGAGCAGCAUCCAGUCCUGGGGCCUGGGCUCCUCUGCAGGGGCCUCAGGGUCAGGGGGCACUGCCCGCCUCUCUGGUCACCAGUGCUCCUGGCUGGAUGAGCCAGGUCCCCUGUGGUGCUGGACCUCCCUGAUCAAACUCAACAUGACCUUCAAAGAUGAUGAGUCCUCCUCUGACAACGAGGACUACAGUGGCCUGGAGGAGCUGGAAGAGGAAGAAGAGGAAGAGGAAGACCGGGCUUCUGAGUCCCCUCCAUCUCCCUGGCCAAAGUUGCUGCAGGAUCUGUGAUCCAUCCUGCCCGAGACAAUUUUUGAAGAAGAUGAGGAGGGAGGCAGUGAAGAGGGCGCCUCCCCGGAGCGCUCGUCCCCAGCCCUGUCUGUGAAGUCCUCAGAGUCUUGCAUGUUCCAGGCCUAUUGGCCUCACAGAGCUUGCAGAGCAGGGGAGACCUGUCCUGAUGGGGGGACCUUCCAAAUCUCAGGCCACCUGUCAAAGGCACUGUGUUCUGGCCCCUGGAGCUGGGCCACCAGCAGGGUCUCAGGGCCCCUCCCCCACCUGCCUUGGAGACCCUAGAACCAGGGUCUAUGCAGACUGUCCCAGCCCUGGGAUCAGGGCUGAAGACGCCCUCCCUGCAUGGCAGCCCCAUGCACUCUGGGGACAGUCACAGGCUGGAGCGUGCAGGAGCCAGAUCUGUGCUGGGAGACCAGGCCUGGGUACCCUCCCUGGCUCGAGGCCUCAUUGCUGCCCACUCCACGGAGCAGCUGGAUGUUUGGGGGUGCCUGGAGGGGAAGAAAAGCCCACUGUGUGUCCAGCUCAGACUGGCCAGCAGCCUGUCUUGUCUAUACACGGCGGCCUCCAUUAUGGACAAGGCUUCUCUCUGGAGCUCAUGUCUCCCUCCCUGAGAGACCUCAUCCUAGCUCAUCUUUGGCCAAGGAGCCAGUCAGCUGUCAUAGUUGCUAUGGGCACCCCCAGAGCAGGGAGAUGAUGUAGGACAGAGAUUCAGACAUCCACGGGCUGCCCAUAUACCCCUCCGCCUUGGUGAGGGAACCUGGGGCCUUCUGCCCCCUUGAUGAUUGUAUAUUAAAUUGUUUCAGAAUGUGUUCGGUCUGAUUUUGUGACCCCUGGAACUGAGCUGCAACACAGGGUCCCUGAGUCCCUUGCAAGAGGCUGGAGGUGCCACAGCCUCCAGCUGCAGAGAUCUGGCUCAGGAUGCUGCCACCAUUUCCUCAGAUUAAGCUGUGCCCAGCACGGACCAGGGGAGGACUGGAGGAGCAGCAGUGGCUGGGUACAUGUGGCCUUUGGGACAGUUCAGGAGUGUGGGCCCAGCCAAGGGACCAGGCCCAUGAUCACCUCUGUGCACUGUCCUGGGUGUGUGGGCACCAGGUUCCUGCUCUUCUUCCCUCUUUCUUUGCCUUCCAUCCUCCCCUACCCCAUCUCACAAUCCAGCAUCCCAUGGCCUGAGCCCGCGAGAGGACCCCAGGGCACUUCUGACCACAGACCAGUGGGUGGAGGCAGCCCAGAAUGUUCAGGUGGUUCUGGUGGCACGCCUGGGUGGCCAGAUGCCCACAUGCCCUCUUGC